UCGAAAAUACCAAAGAACUUAGGCUGCUCCGGAAGGGCAAAACCAAUGACCAAGAGACUUUGAAAUCUCCAUUUUCUAGACAAACUCUUUCCUAUAAAACUCAUAUUUUCUAACACAUUGGUUACCACCAAUACAAGAGAGAUACUAAGAAGAGAUAGAAAGAGGUACCACCCAAAAAAAAAAAAAAAAGAAAUAUGUCAAAGGACGGAAAGCUUCUUCUUUUAGAUUUUUGGGCAAGCCCUUUCUGCGCCAGGGUGAAAAUUGCCCUGGAGGAGAAAGGUCAGAAAUAUGAACAAAGUGAGGAGAAUUUGUUUGGGGGAAAAAGUGAGCUUUUGCUCAAAAGUAACCCAAUACACAAAAAGGUGCCUGUAAUUUUCCACAAUGGGAAACCAAUUCUGGAGUCUUCCAUCAUUGUGGAAUACAUCGAUGAGACUUGGCCUUCUCCACCACUUCUCCCAUCUUGUCCUUAUGAGAAGGCACAAGCCAAGUUCUGGGCUGACUAUAUUGACAAGAAGGUCUUUGAGGUGGGGGGCAAUAUAUGGAGGAACACAUCAGGAGAAGUACAAGAGGAAGCUGUAAAGGAAUUCAUAGAGAUUCUUAAACAGCUAGAGGAAGCCCUAGGUGACAAAGAUUUCUUCGGCGGCAAGGCAUUCGGGUACGUCGACAUCCUAGCAAUCCCUCUCACAAGUUGGUUCCUAGCAUUCGAGAAAUUCGGUGGGUUUAAGGUUGAGGAUCACGUCCCCAAAUUCUCAGCUUGGAUCAAAAGGUGCUUGCAAAGGGAGACUGUGUCCAAAGUUUAUCCUGACCCAGAAAAGGUCUAUGAAUUUGUUGGCAAUUUCAGAAAGAUGAAUGGCAUUGAGUAG